AUGGCGGUGGGGGACGGGGAUUCGUCGGAGGGGAAGGUGUGGGUGAUCUGCAGGAUGCCCUUCUGGAGGAGGGGCGGCGGCUCGGCGACGAACCAGAGCGAUGGAAGGCGGUGCGUGGAGGGAUCGGAUGCGCCGCAGCGGCGCAAUUUGGGGGUCUCUUCGGUGGCGAAAUCUCUCCUCCCUACCCGGCGUAGGCUCCGGCUGGAUCCGUCGGGCAGGCUAUACUUCCCCUGUGAGCGACGUCUCCUGGAAUUCUCCGUUUUAAUCUUCUUCUCUCCGUGAUUCCUCGCUCGAGUGUUUCAUUAGGGUUUUGAGGGGUCGUGGAAUCAUCAACCUACGUUUAUCUCUUCUCUCGUGGUAUGAUUCACGGUUGUCGUUUCAUUUGGAACCUAGAUUGGGGGUAUUGUCUGUGCUAUGAUCUCUACCUCGUGUCCCCUGAUUCUUAUACGGAUGCUUUUCUUCUCUGAUCGCAUAUCCCCCUCAUUUUUAGCUCCUUGAGGUAUCGAAGAGCAACGCCCGCCCGUAGAACUUAUGCCACUUAUUUAUCAGACGUAGAGUGAACUUGCUCGGUUUAUGUCCAUUCGUUUCCUUCGAUUUUUCAGGCAAGUUCAGUCUCGUCUUUCCUGAUCAGUCCCCUUCUUCCGUAUCUUCCUCGCAGAUGAACCUGGUAAGCAGGUGAGAAGUGCGAUCAGCAUUAAAAACACGAGCAAAUCCCAUGUCGCAUUCAAGGUAUCCAUCCAGUUUUUCAUCUUUUUUUAUUAUACUGUCGUGGUUUUUGAUUUAUUAGCGAAUUAAUACGAAACAGAUAUUAAGAGCUGAGAUUUGCCUUUUGGAAAUCCUCCCGACUUAGUUGCUAAUCACUUCACGCCAUCAUCAAAUUGACCAGCUGAUUCUCGCACCUGUCUUCCCUUUGUUGACUUAGUUCCAGACGACUGCGCCGAAGAGCUGCUUCAUGAGGCCACCUGGAGGUAUCCUUCAGCCUGGUGAGAGUAUUAUAGCGACGGGUAAGCUUCUGGAUGGCUGACCUCUCCUCUCGGUUGAAGAAUGCUGUCACGUUGACCUUCGUGUUAUUGUCCGGGGCGCAGUCUUCAAGUUUAUAGAGCAUCCAGAGGACAACGAGCGGCAGUCGGAUCAGAAAUCCAACGUCAAGUUCAAGAUUGUUAGUUUGAAGGUGAAUGGGCCGAUGGAUUAUGUGCCAGAAUUGGUGAGUCCUGCAUAUAAAAAUUAUACAUAAAAUUGUUGUGUGGGCUGCCUUUUCUUUCUUUCUUUCUUUCUUUCUUUUUCUUGUGGAUGAUCACUCGCUCUCUCAUGGAAAUAGGAUUAACAUUUAUUUAAGAAUUAAUCUAAUGGAUGGUGAUCGCCAAGGUUCUUGUCUUAUUUAUUAUGUGGGCAUUAAUUUCGGAUGGAUUAUUUUGACUGACAUUAGAUUAUUUCUUCCGAAGAUGUCACAUUGAUUGACUUCUUCGUUUUCUUUCAUUUGUUCCUGGCAUGGCAGCCCGAUCUAUGUUUUGUUUUGGUAUGGUUUUUGUUUCUUAUGCCCUCUCUCUCUCUCUCUCUCUCUCUCUCUCUCUCUCUGUUUCAACCCUUUGUCUCUCCCUCCAGUACCCCAUCUCCCCUUGCCUCCCCCUCUCUCUCCCUUGUCUCUCUUCAUCGGCCCACUCUCAGUCUGCCUCCUUUCCUUUUGCUCUUCUCUCUCUCUCUCUCUCUCUCUCUCUCUCUCUCUCUCUCUAAGAGCUGAAUCUGACGAUUCUCCGUGACAGUUUGAAGAACACAAGGACCAGGUAUCCGUGGAGCGGAUCCUCAGGGUUGUCUUCCUGGACGCCGAGCGCCCAUCCCAUGUAAGUGAAAAAAAAUCCACCCGAUCCGACAGAAAUCUUCCAAAAUCCAGACUCCCCACCGUGUGUAAAAUCGCAUUUGAAAACCCUCUUCUGCUCUGCCGUGGGUUCUCCUCCGUGUGGGAAGAAAAUGGAGAAGCUCAAGCACAAGCUGGCGGAGGCCGAGGCGGCGCUCGAGGCCCGGAAGAAGCCGCCUGAAGACUCCGUCCCUCAGUUCGUCGGCGAGGGCCUCGUCAUUGAUGAAUGGGUAAUCAAAACAAAUAAUUAAAUUCGGCCCACCAAGCGGAAUCGAUUGAUUUUUCUUCCUUUUUCUUUUUUUCGGGUAUUAUUUUAUUUUUUUGGGGGGGAUGGAUGAUCUGAUGGACUGCUCGGUUGGAAUUCCUGCAGAAGGAGAGGAGGGAGAGAUACCUGGCUCAGCAGCAGGUCGAAGUCGUCCAAUCUCUGUAA